CACUUGUAUUAUAAAAUAGAAGGACUUCGGAGUAUAUUUAAAAUUAGCAAAACGUCUGUGGUUUUCCGCGAGAGCAGCCACUGUGCAGGGAAUUGACAAAAAGGUAUUUUUUAGCUACCGUGAUGAUUUAAAAAAAUGACAAUGCAUUGUUUUGAAUUUGCAGAACAGGAUCACUCUUCGCAGCUACGGAAAAUUCUUUGCAAGUAUUAAGCCUUUUAGGACGAAAAAGCGUAUUUAUAAACACAAAUUCAUCGGAAAAAGUAUAUCAUUUCGGUGCCAUGAAUUGGGAAAACUUUAUUGUGCAGAAUUGCCCACCGAGUAUCUACUAUGUGCCAAAUUUCAUUACGAAGGAGGAAGAAUGUUCCAUCAUGCAAGCGAUUGAUAAAACGCCAAAGCCUCGCUGGACACAGUUAUCCAAUCGUCGGUUAAUAAAUUAUGGCGGAGUGCCCCAUCCGAAGGGCAUGAUAGCUGAAGACAUUCCGGCAUGGUUGAACCAUUACGUCGAUCGAAUCAAUCAACUGAAUGUGUACGAGGAAGGAAUCAGGGCUAAUCAUGUGCUAAUCAACGAGUAUCUUUCGGGACAAGGCAUAAUGCCCCAUCUAGAUGGACCACUGUUUUAUCCUACCAUCACAACAAUAUCUUGUGGAUCACAUACCGUGCUGGAGUAUUACGACCAAAUCGAAGACAAUGUUUCCGAUACUAACGACACGAUAGUUCGCCAUCAUACGACGAGCAUCUUGUUAGAACCGCGCAGUCUGCUAGUGGUUAAAGACGAUAUGUAUCACAAAUAUCUUCAUUCGAUAGCAGAUCGUGAGCAGGAUGUGAUUGAUGAUAAGGUAGUAAAUUUGCCGAUGCUUAGCAAUGUGAAUGUAGGCGACGUAUUAUGCCGAUCGAAAAGGAUAUCAUUAACGAUUCGCCAUGUACCUAAGACUAGUAAAAUGAAAAUAAAAAUCUUUUAGCAAUGUUCUUUCAGCAACAGAAA